AAGAAAUUCAUGUGAACGAGGGCACCAAACACGUGACACCUACGUCCACGCUGGCAACCCUUUAAUAAGGCAACCUCACAUCUCAAGGAUUCACAUCGUUAACAGGUUGAUGCGACGAUGAACGGCUCACAAGAAAACGCUUCGUCCAUUAGUGACGGCAUUUCAAGCGACAUCACCAUUGCUAAAAUCUUCCUUUACAGUGUGAUUCUCAUUUGGUCACUGCUUGGCAACAUUCUUGUCAUUGUUGCCAUUCUCAAAAACAGUGGUUUAAAAACGAACUUCAACUAUUUGAUAGUUAACAUGGCCGUUUCGGACUUGAUAAUACCUUGUUUGGCACUUCCAAUGAAGAUUGCCGAUGCAAACGUGCGUCCUUAUGAAUGGUUGGUAGACGGACAACUGGGGAGCUUUUUGUGUAAAAUGUGCUAUUUUGUGGCUGAUAUUUCCACUGCAGUGUCGGCAUUUAGUCUCGUCAUUAUUGCAGCCAAUCGUUUUUUCGCCAUAGCAUUCCCCAUGCGAGGGAGAUUGUCAAAAACCAAAACGCUGAGACUCAUUUCUUUGACAUGGAUUUUGGCUGUGAUGUUGCUUUCUCCAUAUCUCUACACGUAUCAAAUUGAAGAUGGGUAUGGAUGGACAAUGUGCUUAAGUACAUGGUCUCCUGCCUUUGAUGAUGCCGUUUCUGAGGCAAUCUUCACUGUGUUUGUCAUUGCUGUAGUCUUUGCACUUCCAUGUUUUGCAAUCACCAUCUUUUAUUCGUUGAUGCUGUGCAAACUACGACAGAAUUCCAACAACAUGGCGUACAUGCUUAAUCAAGAACAGUACAAGCGACGACGACAAAAAGACAAAAACAUUUUCAUCAUGACUGUUGUCAUCAUGCUUCUCUACAUGUUUCUGUGGGGGCCGUUUUUCUGUACUUUAAUUAUUUUAACCUUCUUUGUACAUGUAAACAAUGACAAUGAGCACAGCGUGCAGACGGUUAUAGUGACUGUCCAGUAUCUUGGUUAUCUCAACUCAGCCGUAAACCCCUGCGUGUACUUUUACUUUUUGAAAAACCUUCGACAAGGAGCGAAGAAGCUAUUUUUAAAGACGUCUUGGAGAAGAAGCACAACAGAUUCGACCGUGCACAUUACAACUUUCCGUUCCAGAGUUACAAGUUUACGCGGACGACGCACCUCCAUGAAGACAUCCGAGGUAUAACGAGACUAAGAUUCCUGCAUUGUUCCCAAUUUCAAACAAACUAUGUGCUUAUUAAGAUAAAAAAAAAACGCUUACAAAAAUAAAAAGAUGUGUAAAGUCACAAUUAUUGUUACCAUAAUAUUUGUAGAUCAGUUAAUAUCCAAGCACGUGUUUAGAGGCUCGAAUAAUAGAAACGAAAAAACCGGUGGGAGGCCAAGUGUUGCAUUUGCAUACACACUUGAAUGACUUUUAAAGUGAUGUUUCAGUAUUGUUUUUGUAAAUAAACGUGUUCACUUAAC